UUUGGGGGGUUCGGCUUCCGCUUCGGUUCGGCGAUGUCUGACCCAGCUCAGCAACCUGCUCCAGGGGCCCCAGAAGGGGCAGCCCCUGGUGGGGGCCCCCCCGGGCCAGCCCCCAAUCUGAGCAGUAACCUUCGGCUGCAACACACGCAGGCCCAAGUGGAGGAGGUGGUUGAUAUAUUCCGUGUGAAUGUAGACAAGGUGCUGGAACGAGACCAGAAACUGUCAGAGCUAGAUGACCGGGCAGAUGCACUUCAGAUUGGUGCCUCACAAUUUGAAAGUAGUGCAGCGAAACUCAAAAGGAAGUACUGGUGGAAGAACUGCAAGAUGAUGAUCAUGAUGGGAGUGAUUUGCGCCAUUGUGGUGGCGGUGAUUGUAAGUAAGUACCGAAAAGCCCAGGAUCAAAGGUGAAGAAGCACCAACUCUAGAGUACUUUAAACUCUUCCUUUUUGGUUUGAGAUCUGGAGGGUCUUGGUUGCAUAAGCGUUAACUUCAGUUCUUGGGGAAGGGAGGUGGUGGUGCUGGAAUUCCCUUGCUUAUUGUGAAGAUGGUGUGCUUUACAUAGUAAUGGAAGGAACUGGGGGUGGCCAUCUUUGUAUAAAUGGGAAAUUCUGUCUGGCAGGUCAGGUAAAAUCUGUAAGUAUGCAGGGCAUUUACCUUGGAGUGGGUGGGUGGCAAGUCCCUUCCUUGGGGGGGGAUUUGUAGGUCUCGGGGGACCUUUGGUGUAACUUGCCCUUUUGUUCUUUCCUUUUUUUUCCUAUUGCUUUGUCUCCAGUCUACUUUUUUACUUGAAUGUAGCUCCUUUGGUCUGCAACCUACUGUCCCCUGUCACCUUGCCUGUCUCUUCUUGCCCCUGAAUCUUUCCUUCCCUUCCUUUCCACCUAGCUUCUUCAUUGAUUUCUUUAUUGGUUUUAAUUUAUCUUCUGUCUAAGACUCUGAAGUGCUCUACUGAACAUGGCUAGACUCUUCAACAGCUGCUGCAGCUUUAGGGAGAGUCAUCUGAGUUUAGAGGAAAAGGAAGUAGAGGAGUGGGUAGCUAUUGCUCCUCUUCUGCAGGGAAUUUUUGUGGUUUAUUUCUGGUUAUGAACUUGUCAAAUAGUGCCUGUGUGGACUCUAGCAAAAUAAGAAGCCUUAAUAUAGUGCCUUUGGGGAUGAAGGACUUCAGCAUGUGAGAUUCUUUAGCCUUCUGCCUAAGAAGAGCAGCAGCAUGGCUUAAGCUUUUCAUUGAGCUUCUGAAAUAAAGGCUUGCUUGUGUUGGUCACUGACUGUGAGCCAUCUGACUGAGCUGGAUGUAGUCAUCUAGAUUUCUCUAGCCAUGGAGAGAUAAGCACUUAAAGAAAUUAUUUUGCCUGCCCUUAUUUUCAGAUGACCUGCUGUCCGAAUGUGGCUAUUUCAGUUAUAAAGGAGAGCUUACAUGAUUACCUCAGUUAAGUGCAACAGACUAAACACAGUUAAGUGAAAGGAGUUUGUUUUACUAUCUAAAAGGCAUGUGUAGGAGUAAAAUCUCCUCCCAGAAGUAAGAAAAGAACAACCGUAAGGAGUCUGGUGGGGGUGUCAAAUAUUCCUUUCAUCUAUGCAGACACAAGCCAGGAUGCUGUGGCUUUCUACUGUCUUGUAGCUUUCUGGAAGACUUUGGGGUAGUGGCAGAGUGUGAAUGAGUGUUUUGUGUUACUGGGUUGAAUGUCAAAGGAAAUCAAUGCGUAGCAGAUGGGGUGGAAGUGGAUGUAUUCCAGAUGAGACUGAAUGAGCAAUACAGCUUUCUGAUUAUGAACAGCUGCUCUGUUUCUGCUACCGCAAAACCCCAACUUUCAGCAGGAGUUAGAAAAUACUUGGAAUGGUUAGCUAGGGAAAUGCUGCUCUCGGCAUGGGUAUUGCAAAGUGACAACAGAUAUCCUGAUUUGGCAGCUUAGAUCUCCAUAGAUCUUGCCUAUCAAACUGAAAUCCUCCUACUUGCUGGGGGUUCUCUUGAGUUUAGACCAAAGAUGGUCUCUGCUGGAAGUAAACUUGCAGCAUGGAAAGCUGGGGCUUUCUGUAAGCAAUCUCUAUGUUCUCCUCCUUCAAAAAUAACAAGAGCCCUGAACUGCUUGAACGUGUUGUCAAACCUGGGGUUAAAUGAGCUGCCCUGUUCCUCAGUUUCUGCAGAGUCUUCUGAGGAAUGUGUAUCUUGUCUUUUUUUAAUAAGCUGAGCUGUAGCCUGUAAUCUAGACUGGAAAGGGGGCACUCCUUUAAUUUAGAAAGCGCUGUCUCAGUUCUAGAACAUACUGGGAUCUGGCUUAUGAUGCCAGGAGUCGGGGGGGGGCAUCAUUGGAGUUUCCAGAUGGGAGUGAAGUACAAAAGAUGGGAGGAGCAGAUGUUUUUUGUUUCACUGGCUGUGCUGGGGAAGCCCCUUUCCUCCUCACAGGGCAUCUGGGAAGGGGCUAGGUUUUGCAUGCUCACUUCCAUGCCCAAGCAUUUCAUUUGCGCUGAGUUCAUCUCCCUGCAAUUUCAUCCCUCUCCACCUUGGGUGAGGGCAGAGAUGAAGAUCUGGAGUGAAGCAGCCCUCGUCCCCUAAGCACUUCCCUAAUUCCCUGUGGAACUGAGAUGUGAUGGACGGUCAGAAGUGCAUCUACUGAAGAGGAGCCAGGGCCUGCUUGUACUACUUACUGCUAUCAUUUUAGGGUGUGGGCAUACAAGCUUAAGGCCCCCAGACCAGCAAUUCUCUUGAACUCUUCUAAACAAGCCUUUGGGUACCCAUUCUUCCUGUUCUUCUGGGGGCUGUGGUCCCCCUAGGCUGUCUCUUCCAUUUCUUUCUCUUAGAUGUUGUGUGUUGCCUCUUCUGUUCCUUUCCCCCUCCUUUGUCUCUAUGCAUGGGGAAAAAAAAAUCACCAAGGCCCUCAGAGUAAAAGCAAGGGACUCUGCUGUCCACAGCAUUACAGCCACUCACGCAUGUGCAGUUUAUUUCCUUCCUCUAUAAACACAACUGUAAUCUCCUCUGGCAUGUUAUAGUAAUCAGCUCAUGUACUUUAAAUGGUCUCUAAGAAACACAAUUCACCACCUUACUGAGUCUGUCUGGUCUGUCAGUGGAUGGGGAGGGAUUGGGAUACCAAACUCUUUGGAACUCUUUUUUAUCACUUCCAUACUAUGCACACACCUGAAGUUCUGGCCUUCAAAGCAGUGGGUGGUCUUCCAUUGCAGUGAUGGUAGUCCCAGUGCAACUGGGACUAUGUGCUGGACUGAUUCUGUGCUAAGUCUGUAACAAGGCGAUUGGACCAGCAGCUCCAGAGGAAGAGGCUGCCCAAUCUAACUUUAUUUUUACCCACCAAAUAUCCAGCCACUGUGUAAUACAUGGGGAGGUAGUCCCUUGAAUGGGGAGGGUGUGUUGCUGGUAGCUCUAGUUCCUUGGGCUGUGCUGUCUUUGGGUGUCAAUAACCUAUCCUCAGGUCCUUAAACCCAGAAAACAAUUCUGCAUUGGUGUUGGGACAUGUGUUCAUGCUCCAAAUGACAUCCAAGAGUAGGAUGCUGUUCACAGCAUAUCUUGGAGCAUGGCUGGAAUAAAGGUAAGUGCCCUCCUUGUUUUGUUUCACUGUAUACUUGAAACUCAUUAAAAAGAAAUGAUGGAGCUUUGUUCAGUGCAGACUUACUUUAAAAUGAGGUACUUGUAACAGCAGGGGCAGAUAUAAGGGCACAAACUUCAAGCUGUAAAAGUACUCCCUGUGGCUUGUGGUUCCCUUACAACUGAUCUUUGUCCAGUCUUAAACAUCACCAAAAUCAUACCAGAGAAAUGUGUGGUCAAUGGUGAAUUUGGAGCAGUGCAGCUGGGCUAAUUAUUCCAAAGCUUAAAGCCUUCCUGGGGAAAGGAGGGUGUCCGGACUGGCUGGUAGAUUAAAGGAGCAUGUACAGUCUAAACUUCAGCAGAGAUCAGGCUGGCACAACCUGAAUGAACUAGUCGUGCUACAAUUCCUGCCAAGUUGUGUGUUGUCUUCCUAUUGGUUAUCAGCCUCAUUCAUGCAGGCGGUAGGAAACACUUUUCCUUAGAACAGUUGUGUAGUCAACAGUCUGGAAACACAGUGUCUUUAAGUCCCUAGCCAAAUCUAGGGACUUGAGUGCUCAUGCUCCAAAGCUGGCCAGCUGCUCUGGUAGCACAGAGCUGGGGCUGAACAUGCUGCUGAAAGUUGCCCCAGGGUUGUGCCCAACUCAUGAGUCAUGCAAGUUUGCAAAGAGUUGCAUGUCUAACCAUAAAUCCUCCAGUAGGUGUUUAAAGUACCAUAUGCUACUGGGAACUCACCUUCUGAGGUGCCAUCCUUCAAAGCAUCAGCACCUCUGCUGCUCCUGCAGAGUCUGUUAUCCCGGACAAAAUGUGGUUCUAAAUGUGCACUAAAAGUAAGGCCAAGGCUUUGGCAGAGUAGUUCUUCAUAAGCCUAACUAGAAAUUCAAGCUCUACCUUUAAGCAUGCAGCUCCCUUAUCAACUGCUUCAUCCUGACGCCUUCAGAUUUGGUGGGGGAAAAGCCUCAACUGUAGUGCUCUUAAAUGGAUAUAUCUUAAAACUUUGUAUUUCUAGAUGUCCUAGGCCUUGCUCUGGCUUUUCCUGAGGUUUCCAAGUAGGCUGUGUGCCCUGAUCAAUGUGUGUGGGGAUUGUUUUCUUGUCUUGGCUGGAGAGUAACCUGAUGAUGGCUGGGAAGACAAAAGAUUUUCCUUCAGAGUAGGAAUGCAGCAUAACAAAUAAGUGAUGGAGGUCCCCGCUCUGACACAUCCACUGGGGCUGGAAGCCUUAACUUGGUGAAGAGAGGCAAUAAUGGGGAAUUACAGAGGUUUUAUCUUUGUUCUGAUCACUAAGCAAAUAAUUACUCUGAGAGAUAUAACAGGUAAGGAUAUAGGUUUUACAAAAUAGGCAGCUCUGCUCUGUCUGUUGGAUACUGGAGUUCAACAUGGUGUUUCUUCUAGGUUACCUACAAUGCUUCCUCUUAGAAGAAGUAACUGGGUCCCUUCACAAAACUUCCAGUUUACAGGCCAAAAUAAAGUUGCACUUCAGCCUCCAUACUUCUGAUAAUCUUUGACCUAUUUUUUGCCAGAGUUAUUCAGAACACCCUUAUUUGCUUCCUAGAUUUCCAAUAUGAACAGUCCCAUAACAUCCUUUCCUUCAGUGCAUAGACACAGUAAAUGAUUCUUGCAGAGGCCAAAAUUACUCUUCAUGUUCUCUCCUGCCAGGCUUCUUUUCCAAAAGCCCUUGUACUAUUUUUAAAAUAAAUUUGCCAUAAUCUCCAGAUAUUGAGCUUUUCUAGUUUAUUGCCUUUAAGCAUGUACUUGGAAGCAGAAGGCACCUUCCUCUUGUGUGCUCACAAGACCCCUUUAAAUAUUGUACAUUGGUAAGUAUAAAGAACUGAAACACUGAACACAGCCAUCCCCCUGGUGUAUUCCUGAUCUCUGUGGUUCCCCUCUGUCUUUUCACCAGCAGUACUGCUGCCCUUUUCAUUUCUGGAUGUAGCACAUCUCCGCCCCUUAUAUUUUUUUUGAACCUGUCCCAAGAGCCUAAUAAUCCUUUCUUCAAAUUCCUAAGUUUUAUCUCAAUCUGUGCGGACAAACGUUUCACCUAUCUGUCCACCUUCUCCAAGUAUUCCAACAAGCAGAGUUUAGUUCUUCUAAAUGUACUGCUUAUUUUCUGAAGUGGUAUUUCUUGUUUUCUAUCUUCUCUGGACACUUCGGCUGUACUCCCAUGCAUGUCCUCUAUUACCUUAAUCCUUACGGAAAAAAAUAGUUUUUGUAUCUGUCAAAUUGUGACUGUCACAAUUUAAGGAACAAGUUUUCAGGAAAUAGCAGGGUGUGCUUGCCCAUGGCACUCCGUCCUUGUGUUCCCUGCUUUCUCAACUGUCCUGUGCAUGAUCUUUCUUCUCCUGUACUUCCCUCCCCGCUUCAAGCACUUUUAUUCCUACUUCUCUGCCACCUCCUGCAUGACUGAUGCUCCCAGCCCCAAAAGACACAACUUCUUCGGUGUCCUAUGACCUACAGGAGCUCCUUGGAUGUUUUUCACAUCUUCCAAAUAACUGCACUAUGCUUCUAACAUGCUUAUGACUACUGAGCAUUUACAUCCACUCAACUUUCUCCUCUUGUGUGAAUUCACCUGAGCUCAGACCUUUAAUUUGCCUUUUGCUGUCUGAUGAAUCCCUCUAAAUGCAUACUUUCUUCCCUUUUCCGUAGUAUUUCACAUUCACAGCGAAACAGUCAAUUUUCUGCACUUGGACCAGCACCAGUGGACUUGCCUCUUGUUUUCAGCCAGACUGAGCUCACUGUAUAUCUGUUGAGCUGAUAAUUUGUAGUCUUGUCAGCCUACAAGAAGAGUAGGGAUGUUCCCGGAAGGAUGACCUGAUUUCUCCCAAGAUGUCAAUUUUUGUACUGAUCCUUGGGACAGGGAGGGCUAAUCUAGUUACUGGCCUGUAUAACAGUUUCAUGUUUGUACAACCUUUUAACUGUGGAUCUACAGCUACCCAAAAUGGGGCCAUUACUUUGAGUUCGUUAGUCAAAGCCCAUUUUUUUGUAUUUUAACAAUUUUACAGGAGAGAGAGAUAAUGUGGUGCAAGCUUUCCCUAGGGAAUACAUCACCUUCUACAGCUGUAUUUCUUUAUGAUGUUGAAGACAAUGUUUCAAGUAGUUAUGCCUCUGGUUAAUCUUCCUUUAAUUACCCACUUAACUAUGUGUGAUGCAGUGGGUCACAUCAAUUUUAUGGUUAUCACAAGGUACUGCAUAAUGCAAAGAAUCAUGCCUUACUCUUCAGAUAUUCCAGAAAGAUAAUGUUCAACAUAUGAAUCACUGUAUGUUUAUGAUAGAGGCUGCCUCACAUGUUGCACCUGCUCUUUCUCCUUUCUUGACUUGGAGGUGGGGUUUUGUGAAACAAAUAGCUUUGUGUUCAGUGUCAGGUUUUUACUUCAUUUAAAAUCUCCCAUAAACACAGAAAGUGGAUUUUUUUUCAUGUUUGUAGAAGUCCUAAUUUUUUUUUUUUUCCAUGGGGUCCUCCCAGGGGCAAUACAUGUUCCCGCAUAUCUAAGUGCCCAUGGUUUCAGGGCUCUUCCUCCUGCUGGGCUGCCCCCCUUGCUGAAGGACACCCCCCGAAUCGCUCACUUCUGUUUCCAGCAGAGAGACAUCAGCUCCUUUUUCAAACAAGGGGCAUCAGCUGAGCAUUGGAAUAAAGUUUGAAAACCAUACAUAUUUGUGUAAUAAAAGAAUAUAGUGUUCAUGUCUGUGAGGGGAAAGAAAAUCACUCUGCUGGGGAAUGAAAAGUGCAAUUAGGUAAUCAAGAUGAGUACAACAGGCAUGUGUUCAACAUCUCAAAGGGAAGAAUUAGGCAACAGUGUAUAUACUGCAGUAAAAUCCUCCAGCUUCCCCAGGCGGUGCCUCUGCCUUAAUUUUUUAAAUAUCUGCAGUUUUUCUUUUCUUAUGAUUAACUAGUUUUUAAAUUCAAAAGAGGCUGUUUGCAGUGUGAUUGGGUACAUGACACCACAGUUCUUAGCUUAAACUAUAUGCUUAAAUUCAGGUAUCUGUUUGUGUCCAUCAGGUGGAUAAUUCUGUUUGUUAAGGGCAUCACCCUUGCUCUCUUGAUACCACAUAAAGUGCUGUGUAAACACCAUUGCAGCAAAAACCUGAGUCUUUGUGAAAAAUAGUAGGGCAAGCUUACUGCAAGAAAUAAGAUGUGUGCUCCUAUGCAAAGAUCCCCAAAUUAGUUCCUGGGAAGAGGACCAUAUUUGUCCUGGCCUUGAUUGCCUAUGUGGUCCAUUCCAAUAGGCUAAAGCUUUCCCUGAAAGGAUCUUAGAUUAAAGCCUGCAGCACUUCUCUGCUUCACAAUCCUCCUCAGCAGAGCCUCUGCGGGUGAACCAGAGAAGGGAUGAGUGGAGCAGAGCAGGCACUGCAUGACCUGCGCUAUUCUGAUCCUCUUUUGCAGGAUCUCAUGUCAGCAGAGGUACUGUUUGGGAUGGUUCUGAGGGUGUGCAUAGCCACUUUGUUUCCAUAGCUCCUGUAUAGAGAUCAAUUUAUUCCAAAUGCCCUGGCAAAUGGUCAAAUGGCUGAACAAGCAUGUGUGGGGUAUAUCACGAGGAAGGAGACUGCUAUUCAGCUAAGAUCUGCUGGUGCUACAUAGGCAGCUUAAAAAGGGAGACCUUAUUCUGCCAUAGAUGUUUUGUCCUGACCUGAGAGUGACAGCAAGUGUCAACCACCUCUCCAGAGUACCAUGCAUAAUAUAGACUGAGAUUAUGACAGUGGCUGUUAUCUCUCAAGGGCUAUACAAGUAGACUCUCCUUGGGGGGAGGAGAGGGUGGGUGCCUUGGUCUUGGAAUCAGAUCUGGACAUUAGGAAAAAACCAAGCAGUUUCCAACAUUGAUAAAAGCUUAACAAAGCUCAGUCUGUUAAGACACUUGUACCCUAGCUGAGGCUCCAUUCCUGUCCCUUGUCAUACCACAGAGGAGGCCAGUAAUGCCUGCCAAACCUCUUUAAUUAAUGACAGACCAGAACUGUGGUAGCAUCCUUGUUGCAGGGAAAAGAAAGCAUGCAUGUACGUGUAGGUGUGCACAUGCAAGGAGUGUAAGGAAACCAAGUGGACAUUUUCCCCAUACAUACACUAGAUCAACUCUCAUCCCUGGUGAUUCCCAGAACAAUAAUAUUUUAUGAGACUGAAGGAUUCUCCUACAAUAGUGAAAGCAAUGAACCCAGGCCAACCACAGUGCUGUCUUCUGCUAUGGUCCAAGUAGAGCACCCCAGAAAGAAGGAAAUGCAUGUCCUACAGAGAAAGUGUGCAGCCUCUGCUCCAGUUGCCACCCAUAUGAACUGUGGAGUAAGCCACUGCCUCACUCAUGUCCCACCUCACCAUCCCUGCUUGGCCCACGUGGUUCCAGGCUGUUGUAGGAUGGCAGCAUGGUCACUACAGCCUCAACAGUGAAGCGGUGUGGAGCACUGAGACCUGGUGCCUCGUCUUGGAACACGGUGUUAUCGUGACUGUUUGGAGGGGGUCCCGGUGGAGAGAGCUGCUGCCGGGACCGGAACCAGCGUAAGGCCAAGAUAAAGGUGAUGGCGAUGAAAUCCAGAAUCAGCUCUGCAAGCUCCAUCACUGACAGGACAGAGGAUCCAAACCAGAGACUCCACUGGUUCCCAAGCUGGGACAGCAGAGUCACUACCUGCGAGAGACAGAGAAAGGGCAGUGAGGACAGCCCUCAUUCAAACCUUUUGCCUCCCUGCAUGCUCCCACUAGCAGUGUCCCUGUGGCGCUGGGGGGUUCCUCCCACCCAGCCACAGGAAAAGAGACUCAAUAGCCAGCCAUGUUGCUGGAAUAAAUGCCUGUCAAUAUGGAGGGGCAUCAUGGGGGAAUGGGUGGCUAGAGAGGACACGGCAGUAAAGUGUGUACCGUGAAGGCUGGAGACUCCCCAUUAGUCUUGUAGUUCCACUCCUCAAAAAAGAUAUUCACUUUGGCCACUCCAUUCCUGUAAAUGAAAGAUGGGGCUCAGUAACCCAAAUCCACAACCCCUGCAUUUCUUCACCAUGGUUAAUUGUCUUCUCUAUCCCCUUCUGCCCCCUAUCCUCCUCACACAGACACCAUCCAAAGGCUUUUCCCUAUCUCUGCAAUUCCCUCAUUCUGCACAAAAUACAGUCUUUGGUACUUACAGUGCAAUUCUGAGACUACACUGUGAAACCCAAUGUUUGUGGCAUCCUACCUUGGCUAAGUACAAGCUUCUCAUGACACUGCUUACCACUCUUCCACUAGCCCUUACUGUGCCUCCAGGCCACAGAGCCGCUGUGUGGGGCUUACUAUUUUCAUACUAGCAGCUGACCCAUUUCAGACUCUUGGGUUCCCAGUCCUUGUUGAAGUCUCAGUUUAUCUCUACUCUGACUUAAAUCCACUGGCCUUGUCCACAGAUUCCAUGCAUAAUAUCUUCCCAUCAGUGAUUUAAUCUUAACUCUGACCCCCCGACACACAUGCUCCACUGGGAUGGUUUCUGGUUUGGAUGUAACCUCUGUUUAGGGGCUCUCACCUCUUCGAUGUGAUAUUGUAUUUGUUCUGUUGUGAAAGCAUGUAAAAAACCCAGUCCUGAAAUGGAAGUGCAAUAAAUUGUGUUAUAUGAUCACAGUCA